UUUCUGAGAAAAAAAAAAGAAAAAAAAUUAAAGGUUUUACUGAGAAUUAAAUCUUCUUUAGUCACAGUACUUUAGAAACUUCUUUACUUUAAAAAUAUAAAGUUUUAAACUUUAUGUUGAAUUUGAGUAUAUGAGAGUUAGUUUCAUAGAAAAAAAUUGUGGGGUUUGAGUUUUGAAGUCAUUUCUUGAUUACUCAAUUUGGGUUUCUUGGAUCUUGGUUAAAAAAAUCAAAGAUCAAAUUUUUCAGUAACUACUAUUAGUAUUAUAUAUGAUAAAGUUUUCAUCUUUAUAUUGAAUUUGGGUUUAUUAGAGUUUGUUUCAUUGAAAAAAAUUUGUGGGGUUUGAGUUUUGAAGCCAUUUCUUGAAUCUUGAUUUUUAAAAAAUUUCAAGAUCAAAUUUUUAUUGAUUAUCCAUAAGAAAUGAAAGGUGAUAAAAUGGUAAAAAGAUCAUCUUUGGGAAGCAUUGUGAGGAAGAGGUUAUCAGAUAUAACAAAUUCACUUCCACAAACACAAAACAAAUCACCUAUUGAUGUCGAUAAGGUUUCGCCUGAUGUUACUUCAAUGAAGGAUUAUAUUAAUCAUCUUGCCAAAGAAAAUGUUGCGUUGGUGAAAAUUGUUCAAGAAAAGAACAAAAUUAUAGAAUUAAGUGGGAAUGAGCUUCAAAAAAUGAGGAUUCAUCUUCAAAAAAUGCAGUUACAAAACUGGAAUCUUGCUCAAUCGAAUAGUCAUAUGUUGGCGGAACUCAAUUUGAACAGAGAAAAGAUGAAGAUGCUACAACACGAGCUGGUUUGCAAAGAAGUAUUACUUAAAUCGCGGAAUUUCGAAGAGGAACAAGAACAAAACGACCUGCCAAAGAAUGACUUGCAGGAUGAAGAGUUUAUGGAUAUUGACUCUCAAUUGAACAAACAUAGCAAGCCUAAAAAUGGUAACAGACGCCAGCAUGCUACAAGAAGUCAAUCUAUGGGCCAUUCGACAACCUCUCAACAAUCUGCAGAAAAAGAAGCAGCAGAAAACAAAAGGCGGUGUUUGAGAAGAAAGUCUACUAAUUCCAAAAUCCAACAGCCAGAACAACCAACAGAGGACUUGUUUGAGUUAGAAGGCCUUGCUGUACCCUUCAACAGCCCGGUUCACAUAGACGGUCUGAUUUCAUCGCCUUCCUCUGGCAUUGAAGUAGUGAAACAUGACAAGGAAAAUGUAGCUCCACUUUCACGAAGGUCUUCUAUUGGAAGACCAUCGCGUAAAGCAGCUGAGAAGGUUCAGUCCUACAAAGAGAUUCCAGUUAACAUCAAAAUGAGAAGAGUUGCAUGAGCUUUUUAUAGAGCUUGAAGAAUAUUAUAACUCCAUAUAUGUAAGCUGUGUUUGUCCUAUGUUAAUUAUCCAUAUUUAAAACAAUAAACUGUCACCUUUGGCUGCAAAAUCAAUUCAAUCUUGUGACUAGGAUCAUAUGGUUAGUUGUUUUAAGAAAA